CGCGCAUGCUCUACCGGAAACGAACGAUACCACAGAAGAAGAAGAAGAUCCUGUUGAUAGAAAUGGCGUCAGACAAUGGGUUGGCCUCUCUGGGUCCAGAGGGAGCCUCAGCAGCGGCUCACGCCCUGUCGCUUCCAGCAGAAGCUUAUGGAAAUGAUCCUCGGCUAGAAGUCAUGUGGGCGAUGAAGGCCUACAACCAUGCAGAAGUUUACUUCAAUCUCAUCUCAUCAGUGGAUCCAAAGUUCCUGAAGCUGACCAAGAUGGACGACAAAAUUUACUCCUCAUUCAGAGAAACAUUCAAGGAGCUCAACAUAAAGCUGCUGGAUCCUGAAGAUCUCAAAUCUGAGGAAGCCAAAGAGCGGUGGCGUCCCUUCUGUAACCAGUUUGAGGGGCUCGUGGAAGAUUUCAACUACGGGACUCUUCUUCGCCUUGACUGUGAGAAAGACUACACAGAGGAGAACACCAUAUUUGCCACCAGAGUCCAGUUCUUUGCUGUUGAGAUCGCCCGCAACAGAGAAGGCUUCAACGAGACAGUGUAUAAAUCCAAAUGUUCAAAGAGCUAACCCCCAGGUGAACCAGUAGCAGUCCCAACCAAACCUACAUCCGUCGCCCUGAUGUGCCGUCAGACCUCCAUGUCCUGAGAUUGCACCUUUUUAUUUGGUUUAAAUCAUGCAGAGGUUGAAUGAAAACUGCGAGCGGUUCAGUAUUCAGAGGUCAGUCCCUCUGAAGGAAACACACCCUUUCCAAAGUGCAAUCACUUAAACAGUCUCAGCGCUGUUUGGACUCUUCAGAUCCCACUUUUGCAUUUUGUAUUUACUGUAUAGUUCUAUUGUGCCAAUUGUAAGUGGUCGUUUAUUUUGUAAUGACUGAGAAAUUACAUUUGUUUGACGAGACCCUGUAACAGGAAACAACUAAUAAAGUCUGCUAUUGUGCCACUUACUACAA